AUGUCCGUUCCGCUAGUGUGGCUGCAGGACGUAGACCCACCAAGAGAGGAAGAAAUCGGUGCAGUGGUAGCUUUAGAGCGAAACAUCUCUAGCGGAGAAGUGCGAAUACUAAACUGUAACACAAUCUUGAUUCCAUCUCUGUUCUAUGAAGCUGAGAGAGAAUUGCCGAGUAACAACAAUCACAGGCCUUUUACAGACACCUUCGUUUUUGUGGGCGUUGGCAAUGUUACGGAUACUGUUCAACAAACAAAGGCUCGGAUUAUUGGAUACGAAUUUGAUGAUCCAUUAGAGCGACAUUCUGGCGAUGACGUCAUAGUCCGUCUACCCCGUGGUGUUCGCACAUUCGACGUGGAUUUUCUUAACAUCUACAAUGAAGACAUAAAGAAAUCGUAUGGCUACGUAGCUCUACCCAGUUUGCUUGUUCCACCUUGCGCUGACGAUUUAUGA